AUGAUUGUGGUCCAAUACAAAGACCAUCAGUUUUUGAAAAACCCCCCCUUCCCCUUCUUCCAAGCUGCUGCUCAUGAACAUUAUGCCUAUACUCGCCUGUUGUUUCGAUGCUCCUUCUUCCUACCCUCUGAUUCUGCUGAUCCUGAUCCAUUACAGGACUUUUGCGUGGCGGAUUUGAGCGCGUCCGGGGCAGUUAACGGCUUUCCCUGCAAACCCGUGUCGAACACUACUGCAGAUGAAUUUUUCUUUGAUGGACUGAGCAAACAAGGGAACACAAGCAAUGUCUUUGGGGCGAAGGUAACAACUGCGAAUGUCCUUGCAUUUCCUGGCCUCAAUACUCUUGGGAUAGCAAUGAACAGGGUUGACUUUGCCCCCGGCGGUCUUAAUCCGCCUCACUCGCACCCUCGUGCGAGUGAGUCGGGCGUGGUCAUCGAAGGGAAGCUCCUCGUAGGGUUUGUGACAACGAGAAACGUGUACUACUCCAAGGUUUUGAGUGCUGGGCAGAUGUUUGUGGUUCCACGAGGACUCGUUCACUUUCAGCUCAAUGUUGGAGAAGGUAAGGCUCUGGCCUUCACUGCUUUCAACAGUCACUUGCCUGGUUCUGUUGUACUGCCUUUAAAUCUGUUCACUUCGACGCCUUUGCUCCCCGACCAAGUGUUAACUAAGGCCUUCCAAGUAGAUGAAGAUGUCAUCAACGGCAUUCGAUCCAAGUUCGGGGUUUAAAAUACUUUGAAUUUAAUUUGGUUAUUGGUUUUUGUUUUGGUUCUCUCUUCCCCUGCUUUCUGCUUUCUUUGUUGUUGUGUAUGCGCAUCGAUAUGUUUCUAGGUCAGUUGGUCACCAACGGAUCAUACUUGUUCAUAUUCUACUUAAACUGAAGACUAAAACUUUCACUUUC